AUGGCCAAUGAUGAAAUCUAUCAUAACGUCGAUGAGUUUGUUAGCACUGACGCUCUUCAUGUUCAUUCUGACUAUGACGAGAGUAUCGAUGAGGUUAACCAUUCAACAAAACCUUCAAUAUGGACUUCAAAGAAGAGCUUGCCUAGCGAUGCAGCAUCAAUAGUCUCAACGCGCUGA